AAGGUGUAACAAUGGUGGCUCGCGCGAUCCUCUCUUUCGUCGCGCUCUUCGGCGCCGCCCAUGCCUUUCAGCUCGGGACUCCCGUGCGCCAUGGCCUCUCCUCCUCCUCUUCUCCUCUCCUCCGCACUUGCCUUCACCGUUCGGCUUCUUCCUCUGCACCGACGGUCUCCCCUCGCCUGCGAAGCCUUCGCAUGGCUGACGAGGCCAGGGCAGUGGGAUCUCGCGAUUCCGGACGACACAUGGAGGACACGAGCGAGAGGAGCGAGGCAGUCAGCGACAUCUACAAGCCGUUCUGGGAAUGGGCGGCCAAGACCAUCAAGGAAAGACUGGGAGACGACCUUGUCUCCUACCCGAUCCCCGACGGAUAUCUAAGGAAAGAAGCCAUGGUCGGCAAGGGGAAGAGAGAGAGCCUGGCCUGGACGCAAAGUUACGGAUACCAGACUAAAAAGAUGAGGCAGAUCCGAGCCGCGCACGUCAAUGGAGGAGCUUCCCUUCAGGUGCUGAACCUUGUGUUCUUCCCGCACAUGAACUACGACUUGCCCUUCCUCGGACUAGAUCUGGUGACCCUUCCCGGCGGUCACCUCAUCGCCAUCGACAUGCAGCCGCUGUUUCAAACUGAGGAGUACAAGAAGAAGUACGCCGAGCCAUGCAUGGACAUGUAUCAGAAGCACGUGAAGAACUUGCCAUGGGGGGGAGACUUCCCUGAGGAGGCGAAGCAGUACUUCUCCCCCGUUUUCUUGUGGACAAGACCGCAAGAAGACAAGCAGGUAGAGACAUAUGUGUUUGAAGCCUUCAAGGAUUAUAUCAACAAGUAUCUCGACUUUGUCGAGGCUGCAAAGCCAGUGACCGAUCCUGAUCAUCUAGCUCGCAUUCGCGAGCGCCAGCUCUCAUACCUGCAGUACAGAGCAGAGAAGGAUCCAGCACGAGGAAUGUUCACUCGCAUGUAUGGACCUGAAUGGACCGAGCGCUACAUCCAUGGCUUCCUCUUCGACCUGGAGGAGAAGAUGGAGAGCGGCGAGUACAAGACAGGGGAGUUGCUCCCAUGCUCGGACCCCCUCAACUUCCAGCCCACGCCCCUCUGAACGCCUCAAGGAAGAGCGGCCGUAUCAGCGGAAGAUGCGUUUAUUAGCAUCAGUUGAAGUUUGUAACAUCAGAUGAGACCUCUGGCUUCACCAGAAUCCGAAAAAACAAAAAGGGAUUCGACGAAAUCAAAAUGUAUCCCGAGAAAAAGGUCAAAAAGGUCAAAAAGAGCAGUGAAAGCUCUGAAGCUCUCCAUUGAAGGUUGGCCAUCAGGGAGCACAAGAAUGUGUGUGUGAGUGAACAAUGGCACGAAGCCGCAAACGUCAUUGAAUUGCGGGAUUCUUCUU